UCCCUACUACCCCUGUCCUCUGCCAUACCAACUGCUAGCAGAUAAAGCCCCUCCCAGGGCUCAGCCGCUUCAUCACUUCUCCAUGGCAUUGGCUGUCAAUUCCUUUGCCUUUUGUAAUUCCAAGUCCAGGGUUGAUGCCCCAAAUCAACUACUUUCAAGAGUAAUUCCUACAUCUUGGAGUGUGAAGAAGACUCACAUUGGUGCAACUAAAGGUGUGUCCAGUGUUUGCCAGCCACUGCCCCCAGAUAGGCCUCUCUGGUUCCCUGGCAGCUCCCCUCCUGAGUGGCUUGAUGGGAGUUUACCGGGAGAUUUCGGGUUCGAUCCUCUCGGAUUAGGAUCCGACCCAGAGCUGCUCCGGUGGUUCGCGCAAGCGGAGCUAAUGCACAGCAGGUGGGCGAUGCUCGCCGUCGCCGGGAUUCUCAUCCCAGAAUGCCUUGAAAGGCUUGGUUUCAUUGACAACUUCUCGUGGUACGACGCGGGGGCCCAACAAUACUUUGCGGACCCUGCAACCCUGUUCUUGGCCCAAAUGGCUCUAAUGGGCUGGGCCGAGGGGAGGAGAUGGGCCGACUACGUGAACCCGGGCUGCGUCGACAUCGAACCCAAGUUCCCGAACCGGACGAACCCGAAGCCCGACGUCGGGUACCCGGGCGGGCUGUGGUUCGACUUCAUGGAUUGGGGCCGAGGGUCGCCGGAGCCGGUGAUGGUGUUGAGGACUAAGGAGAUUAAGAAUGGGAGAUUGGCCAUGUUAGCAUUUGUGGGCUUUUGGUUUCAAGCUAUUUAUACCGGAGAAGGCCCGAUCGAGAACUUGAUGGCCCACUUAGCUGACCCAGGACACUGUAACAUUUUCGCGGCGUUUUCGUCGCAUUAAGUGCACUGAAACAUGAGAGAAGGAGAAAGAUGACUUGUAAUUGAUAGCAUCUGAUGAAGCUGAGUGUAAUGUGACUAAAAUUUUGAGUAGCUAGUGAACAUUGUACAUAUCACAGGAACUGCUCAAUGAGGAACGUAGUCACACCUUUAAUUUGAGCAUUCUUUAUUUUAAACAAUAUCGAAUUUGAUGCAUUUUAUUUACUUAUUAUUCAACCCA